UUUCCCCCUCCUCCAUUUUGUUCGCGGACGCUGGGGACGGUGGGAGCAGAUCCAUUUCCGGGUUGGCAAAAGGGGCGGCGGCGGCGGCGGCGGCGAGAGGGAGAGCUUGCCGGGGGGCGAGCUGUACAGGACGAAGCCGGAGCGUAGGCGGUGGAGGAUUCGCUCCCAGAGCAGCUGCGGCCAGGUUGGAAAGAGGCCAGGGCGGCUGGGUAUAUGAAUGACCUAAAGCUACAAAUAAAGACGGAGAGACAGCAGUGCCAACUGGGAGCAGGGCAAGAAUGCCAAUUCCUCCUCCCCCACCACCCCCACCUGGUCCUCCUCCACCUCCCACAUUUAAUCAGGCAAACACAGAGCAGCCCAAGCUGAGUAGAGAUGAGCAGCGGGGUCGAGGUGCCCUCUUACAGGACAUUUGCAAAGGGACCAAGCUGAAGAAGGUGACCAAUAUUAAUGAUCGGAGUGCUCCCAUCCUCGAGAAGCCCAAAGGAAGCAGUGGUGGCUAUGGCUCUGGAGCAGCUGCCCUGCAGCCCAAGGGAGGUCUCUUCCAAGGAGGAGUGCCAAAGCUUCGACCUGUGGGAGCCAAGGACAGUUCAGAGAAUCUAGCUGGUAAGCCAGCCCUGCAGGUCCCCAGUUCUCGAGCUGCUGCCCCAAAGCCUCCAGUGUCUGCAGCCAGCGGGCGUCCUCAGGAUGAUACGGACAGCAGCCGGGCCUCACUCCCAGAACUGCCCCGGAUGCAGAGACCCUCUUUACCGGACCUCUCUCGGCCCAAUACCACCAGCAGUACGGGCAUGAAGCACAGCUCCUCUGCCCCUCCCCCACCACCGCCAGGACGGCGUGCCAAUGCACCCCCCACACCUCUGCCUAUGCACAGCAACAAAGCCCCUGCCUACAACAGAGAGAAACCCUUGCCACCGACACCUGGACAAAGGCUUCACCCUGGUCGAGAGGGACCUCCUGCUCCACCCUCAGUCAAACCACCUCCUUCCCCUGUGAAUAUCAGAACAGGACCAAGUGGCCAGACUCUGGCUCCUCCUCCUCCGCCUUACCGCCAGCCUCCUGGGGUCCCUAAUGGACCCUCUAGCCCCACUAAUGAGUCAGCCCCUGAGCUGCCACAGAGACACAAUUCUUUGCAUAGGAAGACAGCAGGGCCUGUCAGAGGCCUAGCGCCUCCUCCACCCACCUCAGCCUCCCCCGCUUUACUGAGUAAUAGGCCACCUCCCCCAGCCCGAGACCCUCCCAGUCGGGGAGCAGCUCCACCACCCCCACCACCUGUGAUCCGAAAUGGUGCCAGGGAUGCUCCCCCUCCCCCACCACCAUACCGAAUGCAUGGGUCAGAACCCCCGAGCCGAGGAAAGCCCCCACCUCCACCCUCAAGGACGCCAGCUGGGCCACCCCCUCCUCCUCCGCCACCCCUGAGGAAUGGCCACAGAGAUUCUAUCACCACUGUCCGGUCUUUCUUGGAUGAUUUUGAGUCAAAGUAUUCCUUCCAUCCGGUGGAAGACUUUCCUGCUCCAGAAGAAUAUAAACACUUUCAGAGGAUAUAUCCCAGCAAAACAAACCGAGCUGCUCGUGGAGCCCCACCUCUGCCACCUAUUCUCAGGUGAAGCCUGGCUUGGUUCUGUUCCUCAGGAAAAGGAUGGACCUUCUCUUCUCAGAUGGUCCCUUCCAUUCCCCUGAAACCUGCAUGAGAGCUCCUAACAUGUUUUUCCAGUGCAACCAACCCCUAGACUCCAAGCGUCCUCCCAGCUCACCUCCAUCUAUGCAUCUCGUCUCUGGAUUUGGUGAUCGGACUCUUUAUAUUGACAAUAGCAUCUCAAACCCUGCAUCCAUCCUUCCUCCAGCAAGCCCUGCUAGCCACGAGGAGCAAGUUUCUAUGUCUCCUGCUUUUCUCUUGGGGAAAGGUGCCUUGUUGUGAUGAAUUAACUCGUUGGGGCAGGGUGGAGAAUGGUACCCCUUCCUUCUCCUGUCCACUGUGGGGGACGCUGGGCAGGUAUAUUAUAUUUCAUCAUUUAGGAGGCUGGCAUAACCAGGACUUAUGGGUGGGAGGGGAGCAUUUUUAGCAAAGCAAGAAAGGAGUUUGCCGAGAAGUGAUCUGUUUUAAAGGUCAAAUUUGGAGAAAGGGCAAGGAAAUGGGUCUGCUUUAUUUUUAGAAGUAUUUUGUUUUUGUUUCCACCUGCCGUCCCCUGCCUCCCCGCCCCCCCCGCAGGGAUGAGUUGGGUAUAAACACUAAAUACUAAUCAGUUGAACUUAACAUUUAAUAAAAAGAGAGGGUGAAAUAAACUGAGGACCAUUUUAGAACUAGUCACUUCUCUGCAGCAAAGGGACCAGGAGCCAUUUGAACCCUCUGGGACCCUGCCGCCCCACUGCCUCAGGAUGCUUGGCUGAGGGAUGUUUUUCCUCCCGCUUACCACCCAUGCCCUCAAAAGAAAAGUCACAUUUUGUGGAGGGCAUCAUUCAUUCCUGAUUCACAAACCCCAAAAACCUCUGGUAGGAGAUAGGAAGAUAGGGCGUGAGCCUGGGCUUUACCUCAGUCUUAAGUCUGCUUCAGUCUUUUGACUGGCCCUGAAGUGGUUGGUGACCCUUUCUGUCCUUCAGCCCCUGGAAGGUGCUCUAGGAUAACAAAUAAGGGCAGGUUGGAUCCCCUUAUGGAAGGAGGUGGCUUUGUGGGGAUGCAAAGGACUUUAAGUCCUGCCGGUACUGUUCACAGCCCACCUGACUGAGCAGACUCUUCCUGUUCCUUUCUCUACCACCCUUGCCUUCCCAGGACUGCACAGCAGAGUAGAGAAGGGUGAGGAAGUAAGCAGAGGCUUUUGAGGAUAUUCAGUAUUCCUCUAUGCCAGGAAGCACAGACUUUGUUGAGGUUUGCCUCGGUUCAGUAGAUCUUCCCUGGCAGCCAGCCAUAGGUUGUUUCUUUGUCUUCCAGGUCCUAGUUAAAGAGCACAGAGAAAGUGGAGGUCCCCAGUCUAGGUGGGAAUUAGACUACCUAGACUAAUUGGAUGAUUGGACGAGGACUUCUUUUUAUCCAACAAUAGGAUAGGACUCCUGGGCUCAAAACACCAGAUGCUUUGGUUCGCUAGAACUGUUGCUACAUGUAAGGCUGCUUAGAGCGUGGCAUGAGAACAAGGAGACCAUGGCUACUCUUUGAAAUGGAUGGGGAAAAUUAACAACUUAAUCACACACAUCACAGGCUUAAACUGUCUUAGGGACCUUUCCAGUUGACAGGAUCACAAGCUAGGGAUCUGUGCAUGGUGCCAGGUGGAAUCUAAGUCUUCCCAGCACUAGGUGAGGGAGGGCUCAACGGGGGUAAUGUGUAUGGGGUCUGCUGUCCUUUACCAUCCCCUGGACCACAUUAACUCUGGGACAAACCAUUUUUAGGUCUGUCACCAAACUUUUCCUAAUCAUUCUUUAUGUAUCAUUCUUUCUAAUCUGUUAGCAGUUAUCUCCCAGAAGUAUCCCUAGCAUCCUGAAGUAAACAGAACUGCCAGGUGUGGUGGCUCACGCCUGUAAUCUCAGCACUUUGGGAGGCCAAGGCGGGCAGAUCACCUGAGGUCAGAAGUUCGAGACCAGCCUGUCCAACAUGGCGAAACCCCAUCUCUACUAAAAAUACAAAAAUCAGCUGGGUGUGGUGGUGUGCACCUGUAGUCCCAGCUACUGGGGAGGCUGAGGCAUGAGAAUUGCUUGAACCUAGGUGGCGGAGGUUGCAGUGAGUGGAGAUGGCGCCACUGCAUUCCAGCCUGGGUGACAGAGUGAAACUCCAUCUCAAAAAACAAAUUUAAAAACACUAAUAGAACUGAGAGAGGGGAUGCUAAUAGAGGGAAAAGAAAGUGCAAGAGUUGAUACUGUGUAGAGUUCCAGGGCAGAUACUGACAAGUGACUGAACUUUGACUGUGAAGUCUUCCCAUUUAUUUUUGAAAUGGGAGUCAAUGCCUUUUGUACAAUAUUAUCAGAGUGUGUCUUUUUUUUUUUCCUCCUUUUAUUCAGACAUAGAGCAUCACAAUAUCACGAGUAAAGCCAAACCCCAGCUUUUCACUGGGGUUGAUAUCGUCCUCCCCAUGACCUGCUGCCCCUCAUAUUCCCCAGUACUUGGACUGUCACAUGGGUAUUGAUUGUAUACUUGUCUUGGCCUCCUGCAAAAAGGCCUGGGUCUAGAUCUAGUCAGAUGGAUUUUCUUUUUCAGAGCAUGUUGAUGACACAACACCUGUUUAAAUGUCUUUGCCUUAUACAUUAUUUGGUCCCACUGUUAAUAAUAGAUUUAUUACCAUGUAUAUUUACUAUUGAAGAUGGGAAUGUGAUCUGCAUAGUUAUUGGUCUAUUUUGUACGUUGUAAAAAGCUUCUAGGUUUAAGGUGGGCUGGCUACAAGAGCAUAAAACUCCUCACCUGUUAAACUGCUCUUUUUAUCUGCUUGUGGGAAUGUUGUCUCUUCUGUGGAAGAUUGGGUGGUCUCAUGUUGAGGCUGUUGCCCAGUCCAAUUAACUCCCUUGUCCCCUUCCAGAAGGAAGAGACAUUGCCCAACUAAGCAUUAGGAAGCUGUGUUAAAAGCCCUUGUAUGGGUUUAGUUUAGUGAUGUUUUCCCUAAUGGGUAAAACUUUAUAGUUGUUUCUUAACUGCCCUGACUGGGAAGCAGGGCGGUGGCCUCCAGGUUUUUAAAUGAGCUAGAUGCCUCUCUUCCCCUUCUCUGGUCACCGAACCUGGACCAAAGCACUUUGAUAUUCCAGGUGUGAUUUUCUCUGUCGUGGGGAUUUGCUCCAGCUGCAGAGCCCCAUCAUUUUCACAGCCUAGGCCAGCAGAGUGAGAACCUAGGGCUACCCUAUUUGAUGGAUAUGCGGCCGCUGUCUCCAGGAGCUCAUCCCAGCCCUCCUAACUGGCAGCGGCAAGGAGACUCGUCACCAGCCAUUGCACUGGGGAACUCCCUCACCGCAUGGCUUCCCAACUUGAAACCCAGAUUUACCUCCAGGGAGAGGUUACAAAAUAAUUGUAAAUAGACUUGCUACAGAGCAACUCAGGGUUGGGGUGUGUUUUAAUUCUCCUGAUCACUUGAAAUAAUCUGUAGGCCGAGUGCUUAUGGGAGUGGGGGAGAAGUGCGACUCCAGGGUCCUUCCCUUCUGUGAAGCUCUGGGGGGGUGGAGUGUGGGCAUCUGAGGCCCUACGAUGGCACUACACUGAGUUGUCUGUCCUUCCGGAAACCCAACCUGCAAUCAACUGCAAAUCAAAUUCUUCACAUUCCAGUUACAGUCUUUCUUUCCCCAUUGAAUCUCAGUCCCUGGCCCUGUGGUCGAGGCGGCUUUCUGUUAAGCUACCUGAAUUUAGGGAAUGGGAGGGGAGAAAGGAGGGCCAUUACAACUCUGCCUUCAAGACUCAUCUCUUAAAAUGAAACAAAACUACAACCACCAUCAAAACCACACGCACGAAAAAAAAAAAAAGGAUAACUUUAACCGAAGGAAGGGUUUGGUUCCAUUCAACUCCACAUUCAUUGUGCCUUUACUUGUGUUAGAUUUCUGUGCUUUCUUUGUCUCCCUCUUUGAAGCAAUUAAACUCGUCCUUGACAAUUGCUGUUUCUUUCUACUCUUGUAUCUGGCAACUUAGUGGGUUCCUUCUCUAAUUGUCUUAAAUAUUAUUCCACUGGUGGCAAGUGGGGACUAGCCGCCUUUUCUUGUGUCUAAUCUUUGUCCUUUCUCAUGGUGCCCUGCAUGGAAGUCACAGUCAACACUGAAUAAACGACUAGACUGACACGUGUGCGUGCGUGUGUGUGUGUGUGUGUUCAUCUGUCUGCAUGUGGAUCUAUUUCUUUUAAAAAAUAAUUUAUUGUAUGAUUUUUUUGGAGUUAUAUUCUGAUUACAGUGCUCCCUCUCCCAAAUAGCAUUGAUUUCUUUUCCCCCUCUAAAAUGUGUAAAAUCUGGGCUCAGGUUGGAUUCUUUAGUACAUUUCUUUCUUCUGGAUCCCGUGUAGUUUAAUUAAACCUUGCUUAAAAACAAAAA